AUGAGUAUCGUUGAGAUUGAAUCAGAAGAUCAAUUCACAAAGUUGACUAAAUCAGAUCCUACAAAGUUGAUUGCCCUCUAUUUCCAUACACCAUGGGCUGCACCUUGUCAAACUAUGAAUGCGGUGAUUAAAACUUUGGCUCAGGCUAACCCCACUACAUUAUUCUUGUCUAUUGAUGCCGAUAAAUUGGGAGAUAUUAGUGAAUUAUUUGAAGUAUCCGCUGUUCCAUAUUUCAUCUUAAUCCGUAAUUCAACAAUAUUAAAGGAAUUAUCUGGAGCUGAUCCAAAGGAGUUCAUUGCUGCUUUAAAUCAAUUUGGUGAUAAACCUUCAACGAAUCAAGAAACAAAUUCAUCUGCAUCGAUAUCUGCUGCUACAGAUGCCGCAACGUCAGUACCACAAGAAUCAUCUGCUUCCCAAAAUGGUGCUCAUGAAGAAGAAUCUGCUGAUGCAUUAGAUGAAAGAUUAAAGAAACUCACAACUGCCGCUCCAGUAAUGCUUUUCAUGAAGGGUUCACCCCUGGCUCCACAAUGUGGAUUCCUGAGACAAUUGGUAGCUAUAUUGAGAGAGCAUCAAGUAAGGUUUGGCUUUUUCGAUAUUCUUAAAGAUGAUUCUGUUAGACAAGGUUUAAAGACUUUUAGUGAUUGGCCAACUUUCCCUCAAUUAUAUGUUAAUGGAGAAUUCCAAGGAGGUUUGGAUAUCAUUAAGGAAUCUCUUGCGGAUGACCCAGAAUUCUUUGAAAAUGCCUUGAAGGCUCAAUAA